AUGUUAGAUUGGCAUACCACAAUAUAUCCUUACCUGUAUGUUUUCACCCGGAAUUAUGCCUAUAUAUACGUCCUAGAAGCGUGGAGCAAAGCACACAACAAGAGAGAACCAGAAGAAGUACAGAAGUUUAGCCGAGAGAUCGCCGGCGCCAUGGCGACUGAACAGCUCAACGUGUUGAAAGCACUGGACGUUGCCAAGACGCAGCUGUACCAUUUCAAGGCGGUCGUGAUCGCCGGCAUGGGCUUCUUCACGGACGCCUACGACCUCUUCUGCAUCGCCCUCGUCACCAAGCUGCUGGGGCGCAUCUACUACACCGACCCUGCCCUCAACGAGCCCGGCCACCUCCCGGCAAACGUGUCGGCCGCCGUGAACGGCGUGGCCCUAUGCGGCACACUUGCCGGCCAGCUCUUCUUCGGCUGGCUCGGUGACAAGCUCGGCCGCAAGAGCGUCUACGGCUUCACGCUCAUCCUCAUGGUCCUCUGCUCCAUCGCGUCCGGGCUAUCGUUUGGACACGAGGCCAAGGGUGUAAUGGGGACGCUAUGUUUCUUCCGUUUCUGGCUCGGCUUCGGUGUCGGCGGCGACUACCCUCUGAGCGCCACCAUCAUGUCGGAGUAUGCUAACAAGAAGACCCGCGGCACCUUUAUCGCCGCCGUGUUUGCCAUGCAGGGGUUUGGCAUCCUAUUUGGUACUAUCGUCACGAUCAUCGUCUCGUCCGCAUUCCGACAUGCAUUCCCUGCACCGCCAUUCUACAUCGACGCCGCGGCGUCCAUUGGCCCGGAGGCCGACUACGUGUGGCGCAUCAUCGUCAUGUUCGGCACCAUCCCGGCUGCCCUGACCUACUACUGGCGCAUGAAGAUGCCCGAAACUGCGCGGUACACGGCACUCAUCGCCGGCAACACAAAGCAAGCCACAUCAGACAUGUCCAAGGUGCUCAACAAGGAGAUCUCAGAGGAGAACGUCCAGGGUGAGCGGGCCACCGGUGAUACCUGGGGCCUCUUCUCCCGACAGUUCAUGAAGCGCCACGGGGUGCACUUGCUAGCGACCACAAGCACUUGGUUCCUACUCGAUGUGGCCUUCUACAGCCAGAACCUGUUCCAGAAGGACAUCUUCACCAAGAUCGGGUGGAUCCCGCCGGCCAAGACUAUGAAUGCAUUGGAGGAGUUGUACCGCAUCGCCCGCGCCCAAGCGCUCAUCGCGCUCUGUGGCACCGUGCCUGGCUACUGGUUCACCGUCGCCUUCAUCGACAUCAUUGGGAGGUUUUGGAUCCAGCUCAUGGGAUUCACCAUGAUGACCAUUUUCAUGCUAGCAAUCGCCAUACCGUACGACUACUUGGUGAAGCCAGGGCAUCACACCGGCUUUGUCGUGCUCUACGGGCUCACUUUCUUCUUCGCCAACUUCGGCCCCAACAGCACAACCUUCAUCGUGCCAGCUGAGAUCUUCCCUGCGAGGCUCCGAUCCACAUGCCACGGUAUCUCUGCUGCUACCGGUAAGGCAGGCGCGAUCAUCGGUGCAUUCGGGUUCCUGUAUGCGUCACAGGACCAGAAGAAGCCUGAGACCGGCUACUCACGGGGAAUCGGCAUGCGCAACGCUCUCUUCGUGCUCGCGGGCACAAACUUCCUGGGUCUGCUCUUUUCGCUGCUGGUGCCGGAGUCCAAGGGCAAGUCGCUGGAGGAGCUCUCCAAGGAGAACGUUGGCGACGAUGACUCCAUUGCCCCAACUGGUGUCUAG